AUUCUGCAGCAUUACCACGUGACGCUAGCCGGUGCAAGUUCAAGACAUGUUUCGUCCUUCGAUCUGGCUGUUACUUCUCCUCCCCGCUUGCUUCUUUCCUGACUCCCUGGAGCACUAUGUACAUGGACAUUGGGGAGGUCUAGGAAUGCCCUGGAACUACCGCAGAAAUUAUUUUAAUCCAUGGCUUCAACACGAACUCGUCCCUGAUAUCCUGUUCGGACCGCCCCCAGCCGUACUGCAGGUGGUCUAUAACAACAGCUACCCGGUGAACUUCGGAGCCGUGCUGACGCCCACCCAAGUGCAGAGCCAACCGACCUUCCUGAGGUGGCCUUGCCGAGGAGACUCACUCUAUACUCUGGUCUUCCUGGACCCAGACGCGCCGAGCCGGGAGAACGCGACGCUGCGCUCCUUCCAGCACUGGCUCGUCGGCAACAUCCCCGGCUGCCACGUGCACCGCGGGACGACGCUGACGCAGUUCAUCGGCUCCGGACCCAGGGAAGGAUCGGGUUUUCAUCGUUACACUUACCUGAUCUUCCUGCAGCCUAAACAAAUCGAGUUUGAUGAACCUACAAUUAGCAACACUUCAGCCACUGAACGUCCGUCCUUCAACCUCAUGGACUUCGCCGGCAAGUACUGGCUGACUCUCCUCGCCGGCAAUUUCUACCGAGCACAAUAUGACUCCUACGUCCCUACGCUCUACGCACAGUUGGGAUUCGCGUAGACUAAAUGGUGUUUCGUUUUGUCGGUAACGAACAUGUGAACUGGUUGUUUAUUUACGUCAUAUUUUGCAAUACAUUAAAUAAAGAAAGAAAUAAUGGGAAAAUUUGUGUAUUCAGGUGUCUUAAAUUAAUAUUAGAUUAUUAAUGUUUUUCUUUUUUUAAUAGUUUUGAUAUUUGAUUUCUGACCGGGAUUAAGAUUAACGUAUUUUUUGUUUUUGAAUCUCAAAUUAAUAUCUAAAAAAAUCAGCUCAAAAUCUGUAAUCAUUUCACUACACCUGUUUUUAACAUACCCUACAAUUUUGUGCAGUUGUUGUUAACAUGAUUUCUACUACAAGCAGAAAAUAUCCAUCGUUAUUUUUAAACCAUUAUUCUCGGGUGAAAUAAACAGUA